UGCAAUAAACACCCGCGAGAACAACAGGUGUAUCUCACAGAAGACACGCCCACGGACAUACAUGAACAGGCAUCCUAGGUUGUCGGUAUUCUUUUUGCUCUGAAGCCCCGAGACCAAGUAGAUGACAUCUCAAUCAUUGCAAAGGAGUGCGACGCAAUGAAUCGUCAGAAAGACUUACUGACUGCUGGAACAACAAAAGGGACUACAAAAGGUUAAUGUCUGAUCUGAAGGAUGUGGCGCACAAUGAUGAUGUCAGAGGGUUUGCUGUUGUUCCUGUCCAUACACGCUGUCAGCAGAGUCGCCUCAGAGUGGAGAUCUACCACCAAGGCCUGUGGGGAACGGUGUGUGAUGACUUCUGGGAGUUGUUGGACGCCCAGGUGGUGUGCAGGCAGCUGGGCUGUGGCCGCGCGGUGUUUCCCAUCACCCGUGGUAAGUUUGGCCAGGGCCGUGGGCCCAUCUGGCUGGACGAUGUGGGGUGCUCAGGGUCAGAGUCCUCCCUGGCAGAGUGCAGCCACCCAGUCUUCGGCGCCCACAACUGUUGGCACGGUGAAGAUGCCGGGGUCGUGUGUGAGGCCAGUGCUCCCCUGAGAUUAGUCAACGGCUACCCUGACAACGCCUGCUCUGGGAGAGUGGAGAUCUACCAUCAGGACCAGUGGGGGACGGUGUGUCAUCACAACUGGGGUCUGAGCCAUGCCCGGGUGGUGUGCAGACAGCUGGGCUGUGGCCGCGCCCUCUCUGCCCCCACCAGGUCCAGCUUCAGCGAGGGCAGUGGCCCCAUCUGGCUGGACGGCGUGGGGUGCUCAGGGUGGGAGUCCUCCCUGAUGGAUUGCCGUCACCAGGGCUUCGGACCCCACAACUGUACCCAUCAUGAAGACGCAGGGGUGGUCUGUGAGGUGGGUCAAGUGGUCUCCAUCUUCACAACAACGUCUCCCACCCCGGAUGACAGUGACCCCGUCACCCCCACCCUGGAAACCUUCAACUCCACCGCAAGGGAAGCGAAUGUGCGUUUGUCUGGGGGGAACAGUGCCUGCUCUGGAAGAGUGGAGAUCUACCACCAGGGCCAGUGGGGGACGGUGUGUGAUGACAUCUGGAGUCUGAACCAUGCCCAGGUGGUGUGCAGACAGCUGGGCUGUGGCCGAGCCCUCUCUGCCCCCACCAGGUCCAGCUUCGGCCAGGGCAGCGGCCCCAUCUGGCUGGACGACGUCAGGUGCUCUGGGUCUGAGUCCUUACUGAUAGACUGCAGCCAUCGGGGCUUCGGCUCCCAUGACUGUAGUCAUGGUGAAGAGGCUGGAAUCGUCUGUGAGGUUGGUCCAGUGGUAACCACGUUUCCUGGCCCCAGCACCACCUCCACACCCAGCAUAUCUCCCUCCACAUCCACACCCAGCACAUCUCCCUCCACAUCCACACCCAGCAUAUCUCCCUCCACAUCCACACCCAGCACAUCUCCCUCCACAUCCACACCCAGCAUAUCUCCCUCCACAUCCACACCCAGCACAUCUCCCUCCACAACCACACCCAGCAUAUCUCCCUCCACAACCACACCCAGCAUAUCUCCCUCCACAUCCACACCCAGCAUAUCUCCCUCCACAUCCACACCCAGCACAUCUCCCUCCACAUCCACAUCCAGCAUAACUCCCUCCACAUCCACACCCAGCACAUCUCCCUCUACAUCCACACCCAGCACAUCUCCCUCCACAACCACACUCAGCAUAUCUCCCUCCACAUCCACACCCAGCAUAUCUCCCUCCACAUCUACACCCAGCAUAUCUCCCUCAACAUCCACACCCAGCAUAUCUCCCUUCACACCCACACCCAGCAUAUCUCCCUCAACAUCCACACCAAGCAUAUCUCCCUACACAUCCACGCCCAGCAUAUCUCCCUCCACAUCCACACCCAGCACAUCUCCCUUCAACUUCAUACCCAGCACAUCCAUCUCAUUCUCCACCUCCAGACCCAGCACAUCCAUCUCCAGACUCAGCACAUCCCCAUCCACCUCCAUACCCAGCACACCUCCUUCCACCUCCUUACCCAGCACAUCCACCUCCAGCACAUUUCCCUAUACCUCCAUAACGAGCACAUCUAUUUCCACCUCCAUACCAAGCACAUCCACCUCCACCACAUCUUUCUCUACCUCGACACCCAGCAGAUCUUUGUCCACCUUCAGCUCUAGCACUUCUGCCACAUCCACCUCUAGACCUAUAACUACUCCAGACACCUCCACAUACACCUCUCUUACCAUCACGUCCACAGCCACCUCUCCUCCAAAAGCCUCCGCACUCACCUCUCCUCCCAACACCUCCACACCCACCUCUCUUCCCAUCACUUCCACACCCAUCUCUCCUCCCAUCCCCUACGUCAACACCCACCUCUCUUCCCAUUUCCUCCACACCCACCUCUCUUCCCAUCACACCUCCACACCCACUGCUCCUCCCAUGUCCACACUCACCUCCCCUCCCAUCACCUCCACACCCACCCCUCUUCCCAUUACCUCCACACCCACCUCUGCUCCAAACACCUCUACACCCACCUCUCUUCCCAUCGCCUCCACAUCCACCAAUCCUCCCAUUCCCUCCACACCCACCUCUCCUCCCAACACCUCAACAACCACCUCUCCUCCAAAGACCCACCUCUCCUCCAAAAGCCUCCACACCUACCUCUGCUCCCAUCAUCUCCAAACCAUCUCUCUUCCCAUAUCCUCCACACCCACCUCUCAUCCAAUCACCUCCACAGCCACCUCUCUUCCCAUCACUUCCACACCCACCUCUCCUGCAAAGUCCUCCACAGCCACCUCUCCUCCAAAGACCCCCACACCCACCUCUCUUCCGAUUCCCUCCACUUACACCUCUCUUCCCAUCACCUCCACAGCUAACUCUCUUCCCAUCACCUCCACGACCACCCCUUCUCCAAAAGCCUCCACACCCAUAUCUCCUCCCAUCACCUACACACCCACAUCUUCUCCCAAAUAUAUCACCUCCACACCCACCUUUCCUCCCAAGACCUCCACACCCACCUCUCCUCCUAUCCCCUCAACACCCACAUCUCCUCCCAUCACCUUCACACCCAUCUCUCUUCCCAAAACCUCCACAGCCACCUCUCCUCCGAAGACGUCCACACCCACCUCUCCUCCCAUCUCCUCCACACCCACAUCUCCUCCCGUCACCUCCACACCCACCUCUCUU